AGAGGCUGGCUGUGGCUGUUGCGACGCCUGACGUGGACCCCGGCAGCCGGCUUGCUGGUGGUCUCAGAGUUUGCUGAGAAACCGACUUCUGGGUCGCGUCAGGGAAUACAAGAAAUAUAUGAAGUGUACCCAGCACUGGACCCAACCCAUAGUGGAUACGCAGGAAGUGAUAAAGCAAAACAUCCACUAUGUUUUGGAUGACAUGGUAGCACAACUUCAAACUCCCUCAGCAUCUUGGUCCCCACUGCUGUCCUGUUCAUCACCAAGCUGGAAACAUUCUGGACAAGGGAGCAUUGACCUUGCCUUUGUCAGGCCAAAGAUGCCUCUCUUUGGGAAUACGUUCAGUCCGAAGAAGACGCCCCCUCGAAAGUCUGCUUCUCUCUCCAACCUGCACAAUUUGGAUCGGUCAACCCGGGAGGUGGAGCUGGGCCUCGACUAUGGAACCCCAACUAUGAACUUGGCGGGGCAGAGCCUGAAGUUUGAAAAUGGCCUGUGGAUAGCAGAGACAGGGAUUAGUGGGGGCGUGGACCGGAGGGAGGCACAGCGUCUGCGGCGGCGGAACCAGCAGCUGGAGGAAGAGAACAACCUCCUGCGACUGAAAGUGGACAUCCUGCUGGACAUGCUCUCUGAGACCACUGCCGAAUCCCAUUUAAUGGAGAAGGAAUUGGACGAACUGAAGAGUGUCAGUCGGAGGAGGAAAUGAAGGCCCCAAAGACAUUCAUGAGAACAGGGAGAAAUCUGUUGAGCAGAGGAGUAGGACAUAGCUGAGGGUUUUAUAGCCAAACUAUUGGAUUAGGUCCUGGGAGAGUGUCAUAUAAUGGGGCCAGAAGGCACUGGCACCCUGGAGUUGGCAGGAGGAAAGUGACAACGUAAUGGAGAAAACCAGGGAUUCCAGGCCAGGGCAGUAAGUAGCAAUGUAUUGUGGCUGCAUGGCACCGGGAGGCCAGUCUGUGAGGUCUGGGGUGAUGGUAAGACUUGGGGUGCUCUCCAGUCACUGAACAUACAAACGUACCUGUCCCUGGUCCAUCGUCAUUGGACUGACACUGUUGGGAGAAGCAGCUGGAGUUUAUCCUGCCACCCCCUCACAUUGGUGUUUGGGGCGUGGCACCAGCUGUAAAGAGUCCUGUGUGAGGAGGUCUCACAUGAGCAGCUCUCCUGGUUCUCUGCCCCUCAGGCCACUCUCUCCGUCCUUCGAAGAGUAUGUGUACCCCAAACCCACAACCUCCUGGCUUCAGCUUCUCAGUAGCAAGCAUCAGCCUUCCACACACUAUAUUUUUGUGCUACUUUCCUGUUUACACUUUUUUUUUUUUUAAUUAAAUGAUGUUAUAUAAUCUGUGGGCAAAGUGAAAAAAGAAGCAUCAGUUCUUGAAGAAGUAAAUGGAGCCUGGAGUCUUA